CCCGGAGGAGAAGUCGAGGCGGCCAUUUUGGGCCGAAGGGGGCUUUCUGUCACCACGUGAAAAAAAAAGAGACCAAAAAAGGGGGAGAAGAAAAGUAAGACGGAGUGUGCGGUCUCUGCGGAGGGAGAGAAGACACACGCAGCUGGCGUUCACGUGCGCUGAGCAAGGGCGGGACCGCGCGAGAGCCGAGGCGAACCAUCAUGCCGACCCUGCCGCCGAAGGAGAACGCGCUCUUUAAGAGGAUCUUGAGAUGUUACGAACACAAGCAGUACAGAAAUGGGCUGAAAUUCUGCAAGCAGAUCCUCUCCAACCCCAAGUUCGCCGAACAUGGAGAGACGCUAGCGAUGAAGGGCCUGACGCUCAACUGCCUGGGCAAGAAGGAGGAGGCCUACGAGCUGGUGAGGCGGGGUCUGCGCAACGACCUCAAGAGCCACGUCUGCUGGCACGUCUACGGCCUGCUGCAGAGGUCCGACAAGAAGUACGACGAAGCCAUCAAGUGUUACAGAAACGCACUGAAGUGGGACAAGGAUAACCUGCAGAUACUGAGGGACCUCUCGCUGCUGCAGAUCCAGAUGAGGGACCUCGAAGGCUACAGGGAAACCAGGUACCAACUGCUGCAGCUGAGACCGGCACAGAGAGCCUCGUGGAUCGGCUACGCGAUAGCGUAUCACCUGCUCGAGGACUACGAGAUGGCUGCAAAAAUCAUAGAAGAAUUCCGGAAAACGCAACAGACUUCUCCGGACAAAGUGGACUACGAGUACAGCGAGUUGCUGCUGUAUCAGAACCAGGUGCUCCGAGAAGCAGGCCUCCUCAGAGAAGCUCUCGAGCACCUCACCAACUACGAGAAGCAGAUCUGCGACAAGUUGGCCGUCGAGGAGACCAGAGGGGAGCUGCUGUUGAACCUGGACCGCCUGGAGGAGGCCGCAGCGGUGUACCGCCAGCUGCUGGAGCGCAACCCAGAGAACUGGUCCUACUACCACGGCCUGGAGAAAGCCCUGAAGCCUGCAAGCAUAGAGGAGAAGCAGAAGAUCUAUGAGGACACGUGGGAGAAAUUCCCCAAAGCACUGGUGCCGCGAAGACUUCCGCUAAAUUACUUAUCAGGUGAAAAGUUCAGGGAGUGUCUCGACAGAUACUUAAGAAUGAACUUCAGCAAGGGCUGCCCUCCUGUUUUCACCACAUUGAAAUCUUUGUAUCAUGACAAGGAAAAGGUAUCGAUAAUAGAAGAAUUGGUCACUGGUUAUGAAACAUCUUUACGUUGUUGCCGAAUGUUCAGUCAAAAUGACGAUGGAAAGGAGGAGCCACCCACCACGCUGCUGUGGGUCCAGUACUUUCUGGCGCAGCACUACGAUCAAAUCGGACAGCAGAGCGAGGCCCUGCAGUACAUCAACACAGCCAUCGAGAGCACACCCACGCUCAUCGAGCUCUUCCUCAUCAAAGCCAAAAUCUACAAGCACGCAGGGAACAUCAGGGAGGCUGUGCGGUGGAUGGAUGAGGCCCAGGCGCUGGACACGGCCGACCGCUUCAUCAACUCCAAGUGCGCCAAGUACAUGUUGAAGGCCGGAAUGGUGAAGGAGGCCGAAGAGAUGUGCUCGAAGUUCACUCGGGAGGGAGCUUCUGCCGUGGAGAACCUGAACGAGAUGCAGUGCAUGUGGUUCCAGACCGAGUGCGCUCAGGCCUACAAGGCCAUGAAGAAGUACGGCGAGGCGCUGAAGAAGUGCCACGAGAUUGAGAGGCAUUUUGUGGAGAUCACGGAUGACCAGUUCGACUUCCACACUUACUGCAUGAGGAAGAUGACGCUGCGCUCCUACGUGGACCUGCUCAAACUGGAGGACGUCUUGCGGAUGCACCCCUUCUACUACAAGGCAGCCCGGACAGCCAUUGAGAUUUACCUUGCCCUGCACGACAACCCCCUGACGGAUGAGAACAAAGAGUCGGAGGCCGACACAGCAAACCUUUCGGACAAAGAGCUGAAGAAGAUGCGGAACAAGCAGCGGCGAGCACAGAAGAAGGCCCAGCUGGAAGAGGAGAAGAAGAAUGCGGAGAAGGAGAAACAGCUAAAGAACCAAAAGAAGAAGAAGGAGGACGACGACGAGGAGAUCGGUGGUCCCAAGGAGGAGCUCAUACCAGAGAAACUGGCUAAGGUAGAAAACCCACUGGAAGAAGCGGUAAAAUUUUUGACUCCUUUAAAAAAUCUGGUGAAGAGUAAGAUCGAGACUCAUCUCCUGGCUUUUGAGAUCUAUUUCAGGAAAGAGAAAUUCCUGUUGAUGUUGCAGUCGGUGAAAAGAGCCUUCUCCAUUGACAGAGACCAUCCGUGGCUCCACCAGUGUCUCGUGCGCUUCUUCAAAGCAGUGUCAGAGAGCAAGGAUCUUCCAGAUGCAGUAAGCACAGUGCUGAAGCAUGAGAUCACGUGCUGUUUCGGAGACAGCAGCCCUGAGAGCUUCAACGAAGCAUUCCUCGACCAGCACUCCGACUCCAUCCCUCACAGAUUGGCAGCAGCCAAAAUGAUGUACUACCUGGACCCAUCCAGAGAGAAGAAAGCUGUGGAGCUGGCCACUGCCCUGGAUGAGUCCCUCAACAAUAGGACCAUUCAGAUCUGCACAGAGGUGCUGGUGAGCCUUCGCGAUGGCAGCCUGGGCCCCUGCAAGCAGGCGGCGGAGGUCUACAGGGCCGACUGCCACAAGCUCUUCCCCUACACGCUGGCCUUCAUGCCACCGGGCUACGAGGAGGACAUGAAGAUCGCCGUCAACGGCAGCGUGUGCCCCGAGCCGGAGGAGCUGGCCAACGACAUAUGACGGGUGGGAUCGGGGGUGGGAGAGGGGCAGCGUGGGGAUCACGCCACGGUUUAUCCACUCCUCGCUUGAGAGGUGCAGAGUCACACACUCCCUUUUGGUGCUGUGACCUGGACCGACCACAGUGGUGUUGUAUUUGAGGAGGGGGAAAAAAAGACAAUAAUAAAAUGGCCGUUUUACUUUUUUAAAACCCAGCUGAUGACUACUCUCUAACUCAAAUAAAUGAUGAGCGAAAGGAACCAGUCUGUGGAGGCAAUGAGCUGAUUUCAUUUGGAUGGAGGUCAUACCGGUUUGUUUAAGCGUGGCGGUUCUAUAUGCUUCCAACAAUUUUGCAAAUAAUUUAUAAAAGCGGUUAUGUGGGAGUGGGUGACACGGCAGAGCAGCAAGCCCAGGUCAAGAAAAGAAAGUGGCUCCAUCCUCGGAAGAAGGGUCCCAUAGCACGGUUCCAGAGACCCGAGCAGCGCGGCGGCACCUCGCCCCACCGCAGACGUCUUGAGCGGCUAGACGCCUCUGGCUGAGCCCGAGGUCAAAGGUUACCCUAAAGGGCAGUGCGGUACGGGUAGCGACUGCAAUUUUUUUUCUCUAACCCUUCUGUCUCUCCAUUUAGUUUUAAACGAUACGAUCGAAACAGACUGUAAGAAAAUGCUACGUCUUCGUGAAACGAGUUUGACGCGUCUGGCCGCGAGCCUUUAUUUGGACCCGUUCGGAUGGUCCUCGGGAGAGCGCUCGUCGCCCAGGUAAUGUGGACUUGUCCAGAUGUGAGAGAAUUCCCACCACACUCCCACACAGAGGGAAAUGUCGUGAAUAUUAAAACGAGUGCCGUUCGAGGGAGGAGCUGCUGCUCACGUUUGGAACGGAGGAUUUUCAGUCGUCGUAUGAACUUCCCUGAAGACGCGUGCAUAUUAAACAUAUACCUCGGAUUCGUUUCCGCACACAAAGGUUUUGUUUUCUAGUACUUGAAGCUCUGUCUUUCUAAAGAUUAAAGAGGGAAACAUUUCUUAUUCAGUUUUGUAGUCCGAACUUUGUAUCGUGUCAGGAAAGGUGGGCUGCACUUUUUUUUUUCCCUUUUGUCGGUUCAAAGAUUUUUCUUUUCAGUUUUAAAGUCAAUGCCUUUGUUUCUAAACACAAGCUACCAAAUAUACAAUGCAAUAAACUUGUGGACAAAA